AUGGAGAGCCUAUCACUGAAGGAAUCACCUGGCCAUCCUUACCAGAGGAAGGCUUCUGCCUGCUGGCAGCUCACCGUGAAAGUCCUGGAGGCACGGAACCUACCCUGGGCUGACCUUUUGAGCAAGGCUGACCCAUAUGUGAUCCUGCAGCUGCCCACUGUACCUGGAACAACGUUUAAGACCAAGACGGUCACCAAUUCCAACCACCCUGUAUGGAAUGAGACUUUCACCUUCAGAAUCCAGAGUCAGGUCAAGAACAUUCUGGAGCUGAGCAUCUAUGAUGAAGACUCAGUUAAAAACGAUGAUCUCUUCGUCAAGUUUCUCUAUGAUGUCUCAGAAGUCCUCCCUGGCAAGCUGCUGCGGAAGACCUUCUCCUGGAGUCCCCAGGUGGGUGGGGAACUGGACAUGGAGUUCCUAGUAGAGAAAAUGUUGGAGAGACCAGAAAACCUCAUCACCAACAACGUCCUUGUGGCCCGAGAGCUGUCAUGUCUGGAUGUGCAUCUGAACAGCACAGAGAACAUGGCCAUGGCCCAAGAUCAGGACAAAUUGGAGCUGGAGCUGAUGCUGAAGGGUUCAUAUGAGGAUACAAAGACAUUGACCCUGGGCACAGCCUCUGACUUCUGCUUCCACUACAUGGCAGCCCAGGAGACAGAGCUGAGUGGGCGCCUCCGGAGCUCCACAGAUAAUGGCUGGAAUUCAGACAACUCAGCUGGACACCUCACUGUUCCCCUGAGGUCCUUGACCAUGGGGAAGGAGAUGACCAUUGAUGUUCCUGCCCCAAAUGCCCCAGGAAUGAAGCUGCAGCUCAAGGCAGAGAGCUGCCCCAACGAGUUGGAUGUGCACCUUGGCUUUGACCUGUGUGCAGAGGAGCAGGCCUUCCUGAGCAGAAGGAAGCAAGUGGUGGCCAAGGCCCUGAAGCAGGCCCUGCAGCUGGAGGAGGACCUGCAGGAAGAUGAGGUCCCCAUUGUGGGCAUCAUGGCCACCGGAGGGGGUGCCCGGGCCAUGACCUCACUCUAUGGCCACCUGUUAGCCCUGCAAAAGCUGGGCCUCCUUGACUGUGUGACCUACUUCAGUGGUACCUCAGGCUCUACAUGGACAAUGGCCCACCUGUAUGGGGACCCUGAGUGGUCGCAGCUGGACCUCGAGGGACCCAUCCAACAUGCCCGCAAGCAUAUGGCCAAGAAUAAGGUGGAGGCCUUCUCCCCACAGCAUCUGAGGAACUACUACCAGGAACUGAAUCUACGGACUGAACAGGGCUACACUACCACCUUUGUGGACCUGUGGGCCCUCGUGCUGGAGAACAUGCUGCAUGGCCAGGAGAUGCAGCAGACGCUGUCAGGGCAGAGAGAAGCACUGAAGCGAGGCCAGAACCCUCUGCCACUCUACUUGAGCCUCAAUGUCAAAGAGAACAAUCUGGAGACCCUCGACUUCAAGGAGUGGGUCGAGUUCUCCCCCUAUGAGAUUGGGUUCCUGAAGUAUGGUGCCUUCAUCCCCUCCGAGCUCUUGGGCUCUGACUUCUUCAUGGGGCGGCUAAUAAGGAAGGUCCCUGAGUCCCGGAUCUGCUUUCUGGAAGGUAUCUGGAGUAACAUUUUCUCCCUGAACUUGCUGGAUCUCUGGCAUGACUUCACCAGCUCUGGGGAAGCCUGGAAACAGCACAUCAAGGACAAGAUGAGGAACAUAGAGAAGGAGCCCCCUGCCUCCUCAGGGACCUGCUCAUACCUAGAGGCCUUGUGGCUACAGCCUGGAACAGCACUGGCCCAGGCUUUCAAGGGCUUCCUAAAAAAUAGGCCGCUCUACCAGUGCACCUCCAACUUCCUCCAAGGCCUCCAGCUGCACCAGGACUACUGUAGGCAGAAAGACUUCUCUACCUGGGCAGACUGCCAGCUGGACUGUACCCCUGGUCAGCUGACCCCACAGGAGCCUCAGCUCUGCCUGGUGGACACCGGCUAUUUCAUCAACACCAGCUGUCCUUCUAUGUUCAGAUCAGGCCGCAGGCUGGACCUCAUCCUCUCCUUUGACUAUUCCUUAUCCUCACCCUUUGAGGUACUGCAGCAGACCGAACUGUACUGCCGGGGCCAGGGCCUGCCCUUCCCCCGUGUGGAGCUGAGCCCUCAGGACCUCCACCAGCCCAGGGAGUGCUACCUCUUCUCUGACCCCAACUGCCCUGAGGCCCCUGUCCUGCUGCACUUCCCACUGGUCAACACCUCCUUCAAGGACCACUCAGCCCCAGGUGUCCAGCGCAGUCCUACAGAGCUCCCGGCUGGUCAAGUGGAUCUCACCGGAGCUGCCUCACCCUAUUCCCUAUUCAAUAUGACAUACAAGGAGGAAGACUUUGACCGUCUUCUGCACCUCAGUGAGUACAACGUGCAGAACAGCCAGGAUGGCAUCCUGCAGGCCUUGAGGAAGGCCCUGAAGUACCACACCUCAGGGACCAGGCCAGCAGGGGUGCAGACAUGA